ACCAAAAGCCACCAACAUGACAACCCUAGUUUCCUUGCUUCUCUUCCUCAUUCUUUCCUCGUCUACCGUCACCAGAGCUCAAGAAAGAGCCCCCACGGGCUUGCAUACGAGAGUCCAAUGGCUAUCUCUCCUGAAGCCUAUGACUUCUUCCAUCCCGACACACAACCACAGCGGGGUAAUGCCCCUUGUUUUUCACCAGAAUGCUCGACAUUGCCUGAAGCAGCAACCGUGCUGUCAACUCCAGCACACGAAAGCACAGCACCACCAGAUGCAAGUAAAAAGCGUCUGGGAGCCGGUAGUAUUGCUAGCAUCCCUAUUGGCUUGGUGUUUGCUCUGCUUGCGGGAGUUGGUGUUUACUAUGUUGUGAUGACCCGUCAGACCAAUGCAGCCCGAGCCAAAGCUGCACAGCAGCUUCAACCUGCCGUUUAACAUGUUCUUCUCUCUAUUUACAAUAGGCUGAAUCAAAUUCGGGACACGGUCAAUGCCUUUACAGAAUUCCGGCUUGAGUUUGUAAUUUUCGUUCUUACGCAUGUGAUCUGGCUCAUGAGCCAUAGCUAUCGUUUCUACUCUAGAUUCAAGCCAUGUAUCUUUGUGCAGAUGAUAUGCUUUUACAAGUGACACCUAUUAUUUCUGCAGUAGAGAUAAGUGAUAUAUUGUAAUCCAGAUGAUAUACUUGACGAGUAGUAGCAGAUAUUUCUAUAUUGAAGUAUGGAUUGUUAUAUAGAUGCGGUUCUCACAUCAA